AUUAUUACACUAAAACAUAUACACUUAUAAAAUAAUCCACUAUAUUUGGGGUAAAAUGUGACCGUAGUUUGCAGCUUUUCGACGUGCGCGUGCUUGACAUUCGUGCGUGCAAAGAAAAACAGGAAAUUGAAUAAAUGCGGUGACGUCAUUGGUGAGCGCCUCUGCUGGCCUUCGAAAUGGGCUUGACUCCUGAGCCUUGAUUUCUUCAAUUGUCCCUCCGCAUAUCAACUUCUUUUUUUUUGUUAUCAUUAAGAAACGCCCGUUCGCGAUGACAUUUGGAGGUGAUUUAGCAGAUGAGGUCAGCCAGGUGAUUUCAGAACUGGUUUCUGUACGGGCUGACUGGCUUGCAGGUUUUAGUUCCUGUGCAGUACAGUAAAUCUUGUUCCUCGGUGAGACGAUUGCGAUGAAACAAGCUCAGGAGCGCAACCAGGAGUGCCUGCCUCCUAAGAAGAGGGACCACCUGCCAAUUAGUAACAGUAGUGGCGCUGGAGGGACAGGGGGAGGUGGGACCUCGGCAGGAGGUGGUGGAGGUGCUGGCAGCAGUGCUGGUGGUGGCAUUGGAGAAGAUGAAGUGGUUUCCAUCCAGAACUCUGCACCCAACACUGACACUCAGGGAGGUACCCCAGCUGGAGAGUGGUUGCGAGCUCAACCAGGGCUUCAUUAUGGAGUGGAAAAUUCUGAAGGUAUACCAGCAGUGCCUGUUGACCAGUACAGUAUGCUCUAUAAAGUGGCCCUUCCAUCUGCUAAUUACUCACCAACCAGUCUCCACCCAGUGUUAAGUCACAUCUCUCCAGCCUACACUGUACACUCUCCUCUUCUGCAGCAUCCUGGCAUUGCCUAUCCUCCCCUCGGUUAUGCGCAGAUCCCUCAUUCUUCUCUCCAGUUUGUUAGUUCCCCUUAUGCAGCAGUACCUUACGCUCUACCCCCUGGCUUUGUCCCGGGAUCAUUAAUCUCUCCUUCGGGCGCCAUCUCUCAACCCCAUGCUGUGUCCCACCUGGUACCCUAUCCAUCUGUCAUACAGGAAGGUGUUGUUUCCCCACCUCCCCAGGCCCAGGUAACUGCUCAUACUUUUGCCAAAGUUGCAGCUUCCAGUGGUGUCCCACUGAUGCUGCCUUCAGAGCAAGCUGCCCAGCAGCACCUCGGCACUGUGGGAGUCCUGCCUGCAACAGAGCUCAGCUCUCGAGGGUUGCCAAUCUUCUACCACCCUACGGGUACCAGAGCCGCUCCUACCACCAGGGACACUUCCCAACAGGAGAGUGAACCGGAGAUGAACGGAGGAGAUAAAGAGCAUGGAGGCAGGGAUGUUGUACCAGACUCACCCUACACUGCCAAAAACUCACGUCUGUCGCAGGUAGCCCCUAGCUUUGUAGCACAGGAGCACAACCAAGACAAAGUCCUGCAGAAUCGAAGGCUGGAUGAGAGAAGCUCACCGGGUCAGCGCAGUACACCAGAUAGCGACCUAGAGGUGCAGCAAGUGGUUGGUCGUUUGGCUUCCUCCAGCCAGGGUGUUAGUGGAGUGCGGAAAGAGGUCUCCUUUGCUCCCUUGAACCUCUCUCAGGGUGGCCAAAGAGCCAGAGAUUUCCAUGGGGAGAGCACAGGUGCAAGCUCUGGCCGGACUGUGUACACGACCCAGUCAUCGAGUUACAGUGAUCACAGAGUGACUGGUCUCCAGCAGCAAGCAGGACAGCCAGGCCAUGCUGUCAUGCUUGCCAAUGGGCAACCGGUCCUUAUCCCCCUCGAGUAUCACCCACAGCAUCAGCAUCAGCCACCUCAACACUACCCGGGGCAGGCUAAUGAUGCCUCAGCCAGCCAUGCCUCUACCACCAUGGCCUCCCCUAGCCGAAGCUUUAAAGCCUCUGAUUCUUCAGCCAGAGUGUGCCUCCCUGAAAGGGCAGAUCCAACCAUAGCCCAGCAGCAGCAGCUUCCCCUGCAGCCUCCGGUCCAGCCUACGGCGGAAGUGACUCAGGCCUUAGCUUCGAGCCUCGCCCCUGCAUCAACUCCUUGCAACCCAUCACACUUCAUGAAGGGGGCGAUUAUUCAGCUGGCUACCGGGGAGCUAAAGCGUGUGGAGGACCUGCAGACUCAGGAUUUUGUGCGUAGUGCAGAGGUGAGCGGCGGGCUUAAGAUAGACUCCAGCUUGGUCAUGGACAUCCGUGCUAGCCAGCAGAGACCGGGACUUGUGUCACUUCAUUUUACUGUGGGGGAGCAGCAGAGCAAAGUGACCAUUGACGUGCCCCCGGAACACCCGUUUUUUGUGUUUGGCCAGGGGUGGUCAUCUUGCAGCCCCGAACGCACCGCCCAGCUCUACGGCUUGGCCUGCCAUCAUCUACAAGUCGGAGACAUGUGCGUGUCCAUUACCUUGCAGCAGCAGCUUCAGCCACAGCAGCAGAAACAACCACAGCACCAUCAUUCACAGCAGCAGCAACAACAACAGCAGCACCACCUGUCCAGGACUUUGAGCAAAACCAACUCUACAUCAGGACCUGGUCACCAACUCAUGGGGCCUCCUGCCCCUCAGCAGUCACGGGCUCAGUCUCAUUUCAGGAUGGACCGCAUCCACAGAGAAAGACAGAGGGAUGGGGAGAAAGAUGUGGUCGAGAAGGAGGAAGCCACACAUUCGGGGGUUGUUGGGCACACUGAAUCGCCCAUCAGACCAAGUAGGACCAUGGCAGAGCAUCCAAGGAGCCAGAGCAGUUACCACUUGCACACAGAGAGCUCUGCUUUUGCAGAGGCAGGGAUGGGAGCAAUGCAGGCUGCAGGUGGGUCCCAGAGGCGCUGGUCCUCACCUGGCCUCCAAAGAUACAAUAUGAAGGGAGACGAAGGGCCACGUCCUCAAAUAAUCACCUCUGGCCACACAAGGCCUUCCUUCAUCCCCCAGGAGGUCAAACUGUCCAUUGAGGGGCGCUCUAAUGCAGGGAAGUAGCAUCACAUUUGGUAGCAACUAUAGAGGAGACUACCACGAGUGAGAGAAUGAGUCUGAUAAGGAGAGAAAAGAGGACAAAAAAAAAAAGUGCGAAUGUAGCCUCAGAAUGUUUGAGAUUUUGCACACCUAAAAUAUACAAACAAGACAAAAUCAUUGUCUAGCAGUGAGGAGAUCUGGUUUGGUUUAGUUGUCGCUCAGCCAAAUGAUACAAGGCUUUGGUUUCCAAGCCAGUGGAUAUCUGACAGAGCCAUUAAAAGCUGAGUGUAAAGUAUGUAGCUGAUGAAAUGCCUACCAUAGUCCUCGUACACUGCAUUUCUCUUCUUCCUCCCGCUAUUUGUCUCCACUUCCUCAUACCCAAUCUUGGAGUUUACCAUCACAUUUGAAACACUCUAGCUUGCUUUAUGACCAGGCGGUCUCUAUGGAGGACCACAGACUACAAACGACGAGUGUGUGGCACAGUGGAGCUACCAACUCUGUGGGCUAUGUAAUAAAUAGAUUUCAGCCAGUGAUCAUCCAUCUUCUCUGCUCCUAAGAUUCUGUGUCCAUCAAAAGCAUUUAUCCAAAAAAAGAUUGGAGUUGCUGAUAUCAGCAGCUCCUGUGGAGAUGUUGGCACUUUUGACUCUGUCAUUGUAUGUUACAUUACACUUCUCCAGCAGGAGUCUAAAACCUCUGCUGUCAGCACAGAGGCUCUCUCCCCUCCUUCCUUUUCAGUGGAAAGAUUGGGAUCUUCUCUCAGGCCAAGUGUGGCAUGUCCCACUUGUCUUACAAUCGAAUAGUGAUAAAUCAAUCAGUUUACCUGCUCAGCAAUCAAUUUCCUUAAAAAAAAAAAGUGCUUUCAUUACACACCACCAUUCCCUGCGGUUUUGGCUUAGGGCCCUAAUGUAUGCAUGUGUGUGCGUUUGCGUAAAUGCAGCAGAUCUGAAUAAUGUUUUCUCCCCCGUGGUAAGCGAUGUUGUUCAUUCCAGAGUCAUCAAUGAGGUUAUCCCUUGCUUUGUUAAACUUUACCCCCAUAGAGAACACUUUCCCAUACAGAGCGACACCCUCCUGUCUUCACUGUACCUCAGGACUUUCCAAAUCAGACCAAUGACUUUUAAAUGCAAUUGUUAAAUCGGGUAAUUAAUGGAAGAGGCACUGGAUGGUCGUCACCAAAGCCACCUGUGAGAAUGAACCACAGACAUGACGUUGUUACAUCACUGGCUGACUCCAGACCCCAGAGGAGGAGGGUCUAGUACAUUUCUUUGAAGGGAGACCCUGUGUACAAGUGAUGAGGUAUUUUCUCUGUUCUAAACUUGAGUUGGCCUUUACUCAGUUACCAAAUGAAAGCAAUAGUUGUCUUUGCAAAUCAGGGCCGUUACUGCUCGUACUGCCCUUCCCCAGGAAUCUCUCAUAGUGGGCCGUUGCAUAUCUGUACUUCUGAGGUGUGAGACCUCAGCGUUUCUGGCCCAGCUCUUAAAGGAUAUGCACUAUUUUGGUGUAAACUUUCACUGAUUCACUAGUUCCAUGUGUACACAGCAUAGUUUUGGCCAUUUCCUUCAGAAACCAUUUUAGAUGAACCUGCUUAUCUUUUGAUCCUCAGUCUCUCUGAUGAUAAUUUAUCUGAUACUGAUUUACUGAAGUUCAUCUCCAGAAGAGACACGUUACUUUCAGUCUGAUGUUUUUUUUUUCUAAGUUUGCGAUCCUUUGCUUUUGUGCUAUGGUGUCCUUUACCCAGUGGAUCUUAAGAUUGUCUUGUGUUGCACAUAGCAUAUGUCACACACUGAUUUCACACUGACCUUGAAAUAGGAAACACAGUAGAGAUUUUUUUUUUUUAAUGAAGGGAACAUGUUUGAAGUAUUGUUGUCGGUGUUUUAUACUGAGAGAAAAAAAACUGACUUGCAUUUCUAACUCUGUUUACAAAUUAGCCAAGAUGAAUGCUGCAGUUUCUUCCUUCUGACAUAACUUUUUAAUCUUUGCCACUGAGAAAAAAAAAAAAAAAAAAAUCCACCACAGGUGAAAUUGAAAAUAAGUGCAAUUAGACAUAAAAUCAUUCAGAGGCUUAUAAUUGGACAACAUUCCUCGCGCAGACAUUCCCAUCAGAAAGUGUAAAGCACAUGGUACAGGUUUUAUUUUUUCUGCCACGGAGUUCCACCUGUGACAGAACUUCCAGUCAUCUUUGAAUAUUUCAUGCAUUUUCUCUAAUAUCGUAUCGUUUCUCUGGAUAUUACUUAUGUGGUAGUGUGUGUUGGUGCUGUACUUCCAAACUUUCGAACUAGCUUGUCCAACCCACCCAGACACUCUUCAGGGUUAACUGAUGAUACAUGCUAACUUCUAUCAGCAGGUAGAGGGGGUCGUGAGGCUGGGCCGUGCAGAUCCUCAUCGUGUAGAUUGUCAUCCAGCUUCAGCUUUAAAGAAUGGGUUCACUUUAUUUCUAAGGCUGUCUUAGAACAAAUCCAUCAUGCAUGUGAAGAGCUAAAAGCUGCUGUAAUUAUGCUUCCUGUCCAUGGUGGCUGUACAAAGACUACUGCAGUCUUAAGAGAGUGAGACUCGGACAUUGUCUGUCUGUGCAGUAGUGUUUGAUAUUCGGCUUCAGCAGUGGGCGGGAUUGGACUUAUUACCCAACUCAUUCAGCCCUUUGGAAACAGCAGGAAAACCCAAAGAUGGAAUCCCACCCUAAAAAUACUUACCUUUGAGUAGUAGCCAUAGAGUAUGUGGAGAGGGUUCAGCCUGGGUUCCACAUUGGUACUACGUUGGUGCUACACAGAGCUGUGCAGAUGCACGUCUUCUUGUUGUAGAUGUCUGCUGCUGUUCUGUGACAAAUGUUGAAUAACUGGUGACGUGGGCUAGUCCACGCUUAGGCUGUUUUUGGUCCUAUGACCGUGGAAAAGACUGAACAAAGGAGCUCUUAGUCACGGAGUGUUAACACGUAGUCUUUGAGACUCUGAGCUUUUCUCUUACCUGUGCGUCUUAGUCUUCAUUGUAAACUAGUCAGCAUUCGAUCUAUGCAUAGCAUCAUUAUCCAGGGGCGACAAGUUUGUUUUUUGCUUUUUUUUUUUGAGAAUUGUACACAGGCCCUUCUCUUAGUGCCUGUGCUAUGGUGGAAUUCCCAUAAUCCUUCACUCUGCACAGACUGCCUGUCACCUUAGCAUCACUGCGUAGGAUUUAAGUGGAUCUAUGAGCAGUAUUCAUUAUGUUUUUUUUUGGGGUUUUUUUGUACAAAUUGUUGUGUUUUCCAUAACGGAACAGAUUUUCGGUUGAGCACCUCUUCUAAGCUGUAGCCCGAGGUGCACCUCUCUAGAAAUGUAACGGCAACACAGAAUGCAGCAGGUGUGAUUGGUCCAAAUCCAUGCAUUUCUUUAUUCGCAUCUCUGAGCAGCCGCACAAGCGCAGCGCAUUCUCCAUAUUUAAAGUCGCAGUGAUUCCAAACAUCAUUGUAUGAAGUAACAUGGCAAGUCAUUAGCUGCGUAAUUACAAAACACAAAGUGGCCAGUGCACAUGUGUUAACGCUUUCACAGUCGCAGGCUCUGCUGUGACCCGUUCCAGAAAUGUGAACGAAACUUAAGAAAAGUAUUCAGGUGGUUGCAGUCUGCAACCUCACCACUAGAUGCCACUAAAUCCUACACACUGGUCCUUUAAAAUUGAAUCUAGAAGGGAUUUCUUCACAGCCAGUAUGGACAGGUUGAAUAACUAUAAUCAGCUAUUUUAAUGUACAUAUGGACAAGUUAGUUCUUGUUUGAAUUGGGAGGAGGUGAACUUAAAUUUAAAAAAAAAAAAAAAUUGUAACUACUAUCAACACAUCUUGCCAUUUAGCACUCACCAUGUUGCGUUUUUUUGAUUUUUUUUUUAAAGCUGUAAGCAAUAUACAUAAAACAUUUCAUGUAGUCUUGGCAUUUCCUAUGCAGUAAACUCAGUAUUGUACUCUUCGAUGUACAGCUCUCUGAGGCAGCAGGGCAGGUUGGCUGGCUGAUGCAGUCAUUUUGCUUUGAUUAAUGUCUGGUUAUAGGAUUUCUUUUUGCAAGUGACCCUUGUGUAGGAUUUCAGGGCAGCGUUUUGCCACUUUCCAUUUUAUGCUCGGUAAUCUUUGUAUAGCACGGUACUGAGUGAUGGAUCAGUAAUGUUUUAUUGUCGUCUUUUCACGAUGUCACACAGUUGAAGCCAAAUCACUCAACAUGAGUGUCACUGAUGUUUGUCCCGCAUUAUUUUGGCGCAAUUGCCAAGCCACUCCAGCGUUGUGUGUUAGGUCAAGAUGCAUUUGAUGGGAUUUAAAUGGUGCAAGCAGUGCCACCUGUGACUUUACCUCCUGUUAAUUCUCACAGCAAAACCAUCCUGUGCUGCCACGGCCAUUUUUUUUGUUUGUUUUUGCGCUCUGCUUUGAGAAGUGUUGCGGCAGGAAAACUCUGCUUAAACCAAGAUGUCUAAUGAAUUUACUCACAUCACUGGUAGUCUGUUGCUGUACGUAAUUGCACUAAACGCCCUCCUACACAGUGUUUUAAAACAAAAUCUGUUGGUAAAUUGAAGAGUUUCAAAAUGUAAAGCACACAAAAUCAUGGGGAAAUCAGUGGCUGUGUGUUUCUGUAGAUAGGUGUAUUUUUUUGUAUAGAUAGCUUUGAUGAUGCUUGUCGAUAAUGCCUUAAAUUCUGCUUUGUACAAUUGUGUGAAACUGAAAUAAUGGAGUAACGCUUCUGUUAGUCUUGGUGUUCCCUUUUCAGGUUGUACAAGAGCAAAUCAGACGUGUCAAGCUUUGACGUUCUUGUCUUUUCUAACGAGAGAGAAUGUCUCAGAGGGUGGCAGUGAAUUCUCUUUGGGCCCCAGAUGUUUCAUUCAUCACAUCUGCAACUCUUUGUGUUUCUUCUUCUUUUUCAUUUCUUUUUUUGUUCCGUUACAUUUUUAAUUCAUUCUUUAUGCUCAUAUUUAAACCAUUUUAAUUCCUGUUUUAGUUUGUGGAAGUGAAAUAAAUGGAAGCUCUUCUCUGCACAAUUUUUUUUUUUAUAUCAUUAUUAUUGUUUUUAAUACAAGACAAUGCCAAGAGUGUAAACGGAGAGCAGUCCAUUACUUCCACACACGGAGAGACGGAUGGACAUGCACAGAUUAGUUGUUUUUUAGUGUUGUUGCACAAGGUGUGUAGUUUUUAAUCCCUAGAAUCGAUGGCUUGUGUUGGUGUCUCGUGCUCUGUCCCACAGUCUGAACAGCAGAAAGGUGGCUUUGCAUAAAUGGAGGGAGACAGACAGACAGAGGGGUGGCGGGCGGCAUAAAUCCAAUAGCUUUCCAUUGGUGGUAACGUGGUGGUUUAUUUUGUUGUGACAUUUCUAGUCUGGGUUGUUUUGUGAGAACUUCCUGUUGAUCCAGUAUUGAGCUGCAAAGGCGAAAUUGGGACAGAUUAGGUGUUGCCGAUAUGUGGAAUUGAAUCAGGAGAAUGAGACAGUUCAAAGUUUUAAAGAAGUCUGUGUAUUUUCAGAUUUGACAUUGUACUUUUUUCCCUGCACAAGGUGACAUUGCUUUUUAUGUGACGUGUAACGAUCUAAAAACUAAAUGAAAAACAGCAUCUUUUUGAAAUGCCUAAAUCUGCAAAAUAUAUGCAAUUAUGUAAAUGUAACAUCCAAUCCUCAAGUAUAAUCCAGGUUGUAUGAACUUUGUAUAGUGAGUUUUAAUAUCGUAUGGCCGUACCAAUAUGUAUUGAUCUUUAUCAGAAGCCUUAGAGUUGUCAACCCAAAGUGCUCCCUUAGAAUACCCUACACCUACCUGACUUUAACAAAGCAUUAAUAUCUCUAUUUUGUUGCAUUUUUAUUUGUACCCUUUUUGAAUAAAAUAGAUUUGUACUGUAUAUUUGUAUUUCUCUGUGAACUACUUAGGGCGGUUUUUGUUUCUUUGUUUUGCUGUUUUAAUUCUAUGUACUUUAAGGACACAAAGAUAUUGUAUUUUUAUUGUUACAGCUAACUUGGAGACAUUGCAUUUAUCAUGUUUGUUAAGUAAACACAAUAUAAUAUAUAUAAAUAUAUAUAUACAAAUAUAAAUAUAAACAAUUA